UUAACACUCUUGCGCGUAUGUUGCACACCAAGGGUGCCAAAGUGGUUUAUGUCGCCUUCCAGCAGCGGGCUGACACAGACCCGACUGGGGGAAACUUGAGGAAUGGCCUCUGAACGGGUUGGGUCCAAUUCAACCCGAAAUCUGACCAACCAGUUCGUGCAGCCGGCGUGGCGCAUCGCGCUGUGGUCGGUGGCUUACAGCACCGUGCUGGCAGUGGCCGUUUUCGGGAACUUGAUUGUGAUUUGGAUCAUUCUGGCGCACAAGCGGAUGAGGACCGUGACCAACUAUUUCCUGUUGAACUUGGCUUUCUCUGAUGUCUCGAUGGCCGCUUUCAACACGCUUAUCAACUUCAUCUACGCGGCUCAUGGAGAGUGGUACUUUGGAGAGGUGUACUGCAGGUUUCACAACUUCUUCCCGGUCACCGCUGUGUUCGCCAGCAUCUACUCUAUGACUGCAAUAGCCAUCGACAGGUACAUGGCCAUUAUCCACCCUCUGAAGCCUCAUCUGUCGGCGAAGGCCACUAUGGGAGUCAUCAUCUGCAUCUGGAGUCUGGCCGUGGUUCUGGCCUUCCCUCUCUGCUACUUCUCCACCACAAAAACUCUGCCUCACAGGACCCUCUGCUAUGUGGCCUGGCCCCGCAUGGCCGACGACCCCUUCAUGUAUCAUAUUAUAGUGACAGUUCUGGUCUACCUGCUGCCUUUAGUGGUGAUGGGCAUCACUUACACCAUCGUGGGGGUGACGCUGUGGGGAGGGGAGAUCCCGGGAGACUCAUCUGAUAAUUAUCAUGGACAGCUCAGAGCCAAACGGAAGGUAUAAACACCAUGUUUAUUUCAUAUGGUAUCGACCUUUGCCCUCUCCUGGCUUCCCUAUCAUGUCUUCUUCAUUGUGACGGGUCUUAACAAGCGUUUGAGCAAGUGGAAGUACAUCCAGCAGGUUUACCUGUCAGUGCUGUGGCUGGCAAUGAGCUCCACCAUGUACAACCCCAUCAUCUACUGCUGCCUCAACAACAGGUUCCGCACUGGUUUCAAGCAGGUUUUCCGCUGGUGUCCUUUUGUGAGGGUCUCGAGCUAUGAUGAGCUACAGCUCCAAAAUACAAGACUUCGACCGGGUCACGAGAGCAGCAUGUGCACCCUCUCUCGGGUUGACACCAGCAUCCUCAGCAAAGACAAGAGCACUUGUUCUGUGGUAACCGGUCAAGACUCAACUCUGAGCCCAAUAAUGAAGACGGUUAGUUUCUCCAGGUGACACACUCCAGGUGAAUUCUCACUGGGUUUUAUUUUAUUAUGUAUUUUGAGUUGACAAAUGCUGAUUUUAGUGGUUCUUGUUGUUUACUCAUAAAGCCAAUAAAUAUUAAUCAAUUUGGAUUAGUGUGGUGAAAUCUGGGAAUAGUGUUCAUUUUUACACUACAAAAGCGGUUUUCAGUCUGUGAGGUGUGCCUCCUUCGGAGAGCAUGGGAGAGUUGAAGAUAUGUUUUGGAGCACAUUUUAUCUAAAAAGAAAAAAAGUUACAUACUCCAGUUUAAGGGUAUUUUAAUCUGAAACCAUACAUGAUACGCAUCAUUUUAGAAUAUUGUGACUUACACUUUCCGAGGAUGUCAUUAUCUCUGAACAUUGCCUGAGAAUUCUUGAGUUUUCUUUAUCGUCAAAGUAAUGCAGUGAUAGUUUUCUGUAAAUCCAUGGGUACACUCUAAACAAGAGCUGCUAAGAGCUUAUUCUGCAUACUUGUAAUGAUGCCAGUUUCCUGUAAAGAAAUACAGGCUAACUAAUCAGGCUGAUUUUGUUGCAAUAAGCAUACACUGAAUCCAUGGCAACAUUAUACUGCCCAUGUUGGAGGAGGGGUAGGAGAUCGGGUGGCAGUUAUCUCACCUUUAUUCUGAUUGUGGAUCCCCAGUGCUAUUAGACUUUGCAAACCCCUGCACUACACCAACACUUGGGCCUUGUGUACAGUUGAUUUUUAGCUCUCUACAGUGUGUCUGAGUGAGGAAUGUCAGCAGUGAUGGAGAUCUGUUUUUCACUUUAUCAAAACUGAUCAAUACAUUUUGAAUUGUUUUGACAAAUAGUGUUAUACAAAAUAUGAUAUCUUCUGACAUGCUGUUUUUUGAUUUGAAAAGUUCAUUUGUUUUUAGUCAUAAAAUGCUGCUGUUCGUAAGUUAGAAAUCUUAAUUUGUAUGUAUUGGACUUAUUUGUGUAAAUAGACCAAAUGAUGUGAGGCAAUUUUGCAAAAUCCAACCAGUCAGCAUGAGAUUAAUGUAUAUGUGGAUUUUUAACAUUGUUAUUGUAGGAAAGUGUUCAGCAUUUCAUUAACACAGCAUUUCAUUGAUUAUAUUUUCCUAAAGGGAUGAUGUGUAUAUAUGCUUGUGUACUGCACCUUAUUGGGUUUGAUUAAUUUUGAUAAUCAUUUAAAAACUAUUGAUGUUUUGGUAAAAUAUGGUUGGUGGUUUGAGCGAACAUAUUUUAAAUGUCUGAAUUAUAUUUAUAUAUUUUAGAUGUUUCUGAUAUGUUUUUAUUUUAUUUUUGUGUCAUACAAAGGUCCAUUAUUCAAUACUGCUUCUCAGAGACCUCUGUAAGAACAAGUACCUAAACUAUAAGUGACAUUUCUGUUUUGUUGGUAAGGUAACUGACUGAGCUCAAAGGCAUUCACUUGUCACACAUCAUAAUAUUUGCUAAGCUGCGUUUGCCAUUUUGUAAUCACAUUUGUUUAAUAUUCACAGCACGCUAUUAUAUAACAUAGUAUAUGUAUUUGAUUAAAUGCUGUACUUACUGUAGACAUACUGUGUAUUUAAUGCCAUCAGACCAUUACUCAGUGGAUUACAUCAACAAUAACUGCAGCAUUGCUGCUCACCCUGUUUCUCUUAGCUGGAGAAAGCAUGUGCCAUUUUAAAAUGUACUUUUUUGGGGCUUAUAAGAGUUACUAUUUACUGUAUCUAUGAUUUUUA